UGACACAUACCGUCCGCAGGCAGCAUAUCCAAGAAGAGUACAAGAGUACCUCGAGAAAGGAGAGUGGAACGAACUGAUGUAGCUAUUAGUUAGUCUGGUAGGACGAUUAUCACAUCCCGAUCGUGUUGAAGUUACAGCUCUUCAGAGAAUUGUUUUCUUUGUGGCAUCAUGGUGUCUGCUGCAACCGUCAUCUUGAACAAGCUUCGACGACUCCGUUCCUGUUUUGCUUUCUUCUGUUUUGUUGGAAUAGCCCUUUCUUCCUAUGCUUUUUAUGUCGAAACAAAAAAAGAACAUGAUGAUUCCUACGUGGCCAUGUGUGACAUUAGUGAAUCCAUGAGCUGUACUAAAGUGUUUUCAUCCAAGUAUGGCAAAGGAUUUGGAUUGCUCCAGUAUGUCCUUGAUGAAAACUCACCUCUUAUCCAACCCAAUCCUGUUUAUGGUGCUAUUUUUUAUGGUCUGGUUUUAUUAUUAGGACUUGGGAAUUAUUUGUUUCUGGCAAAAGUUCAGAUGUUGCUGUGUAUCAUGGCAAAUUUAGGGUCUGUUUAUCUUGGCUACAUUCUCUAUUUUGUUCUUGAGGAUAUCUGUGUUGUCUGUAUUUCAACUUACUUUGUGAAUUUUGUUUUGCUGAUUGUGACACUCCUCCGCAUUUCAAAAUUGAAACAACUCAGCUUGGAAACUGGUGGGCCAAUCCUUCAAACAGGAGGAUUUAACAAAACCAAGAAAAGAGUAUGAGGUCUUUCAGUCUCAACAGUUAUACUCAAUGGCCAAAAGGGUUGUGCUAUACAAAUUAGGUAUGGGGGAAAUUUUGAUAAAUGCACUGUUUCUGGUUCUCAUUGUUCAGGUGCUCUUUUGUCAUUCCUUAGUUGUGUUGUGAUUUGGUUCAGAGCUAUAAUAUAAUAUAUUUAAAAUGCUAA